GCCCAUCCUCCUCUCCGCCCCGUGCGUGCCUCUCGUCGUCACUCUGCAUACGGGCUACGGCUUCGUCACAGCCGACACGCCCGAGACUGCAGCGCACGCAGAGCGAGCGAGCGAGCGGGAAGGCGAUGAGGUCGCAGCUCGACGCGGCCGUGUCUCCGUCGCUGCCGGCCUCCGUCCGGCGACCUCUCCCCUCUGCUAUGCCCCGCGCCCGCAGGUUUCACGCGUUCCCGUGGCGGCCUCGCGCUCACCACGGCCUCGGGGUUGGAACUCGCUGCGCCAACCAUCUCCCGAGCAAGCGAGGGGUGGGAGUGUUCACCUCGGAGAGGAGCGAGGGUGAUAAGGAGACUACUGUGAAAAAUGCAGAAACGCAGACCACUUCAACAGCAACAGCAAAUUCCUUGCGCUUCCCCACACAGGGAAACUGCAACAUGGCUGCCAUUGUAAGCAUAGCAUUCUGCCUUCUGCACAGAAUUGUUUCUGGCCGGAUGCAGUUCAUGAUGAAUUUGCUCCCAAGGAUGCCAAAUGAUAUUACAAGUUUGCCAUUUGCUUGCAUAUCUGAUCCUAUCAAAAAAACCAUACCGCUUAAUCUAGAUGUAACUUUUCCACCAUUGCCUGAUAUCAGAUGGAGUGUUUCACGAUUGUACUAUCUAUUCAAUACACAGCUUGGACGAAACAUUGCCUUGUCUAUUAUUACUUUGCUCAUCACAUGCUUUUCUGUUGUUGUUGUUGGAGGAUUACUGUUUCAUAAGCUCAGGAAGAAACAACAGUCUUUGGAGGAUUGCUUUUGGGAAGCUUGGGCAUGUUUGUGUUCAUCAUCUACUCAUCUAAGGCAAAAGACACGUAUUGAGCGUGCCAUUGGGUUCUUUCUUGCUAUCUGGGGUAUACUAUUCUAUUCUCGUUUGUUGAGCGCAAUGACAGAACAAUUUAGAAUCCAGAUGCAUAAAGUAAGGGAAGGGGCACAGUUGCAGGUUAUUGAGGAUGAUCAUAUCAUCAUCUGUGGAGUCAAUAGUCAUCUGAUGUCCAUAUUGAACCAAUUGAAUAAGUUCCAUGAAUCAGCAAUUCGCUUAGGUUGUGCUACAGCAAGGAAGCAGAGAAUCCUUCUUCUCUCGGAUCUUCCAAGGAAGCACGUUGAGAAGCUUGGAGAUAGCAUGACCAAAGAUUUAAACCAUAUUGAUGUAUUCACCAAGAGUUGUAGCCUUAGCUUGACAAAAUCAUUUGAGAGAGCAGCAGCAAACAAAGCAAAGUCUAUAAUCAUCUUACCAGCAAAGAACGAACGAUAUGAAGUGGAUACAGAUGCAUUUCUCUCUCUAUUGGCUCUGCAAUCUCUUACACAAAUCACAUCUGUUCCUAUCAUUGUUGAGGCUUCAAACUCAACCACCGGUGAACUGCUGAAAUCAAUCACUGGCUUAAAUGUGCAACCUGUGGAGAUGGUUGCUUCUAAGUUGUUUGUGCAGUGCUCUAGGCAAAAGGGCCUUCUCAAAAUCUACAAGCACUUGCUUAACCAUCACAAAAACGUUUUCAACCUUUUCAGCUUGCCUGAAUUAGGGGGCAUGAUGUAUAUGGAUGUGAGACGUAAAAUCCAUGAUGCAAUUGUUUGUGGUAUCUUCCGGUCUGGAAAGAUUCAUUUUCACCCAAGCGAGGAUGAAUUGCUGAAAGAAACAGACAAAUUGCUUCUUAUUGCUCCCGUUCUUGGGAGGAGAAGACCACAAUAUACACUGUUAAGUGUACCGGAAGGAACACAAACAUCAGGUCAUUACUCAGAGUCAAGAGAGGAUCAAAGAUCAUUUAAUAUGGCUAUCAUGCAGAAGGAAACACGGCUAAAGAACAUUGUAAAGCGCCCCUCAAAAUCGCUCUCUAAGAGCAGUGAUUACAUGCUGGGACCAAGGGAAUGUGUGCUUAUUGUUGGUUGGCGGCCAAAAGUUACCGAAAUGAUACGGGAAUAUGAUAGUUACCUUGGACCUGGUAGUAUACUGGAAAUAUUGUCAGAAACCCCUGUUAAAGAGAGGAGCAGUAUUGUCAACCCCCUUUUGCAGAGCGAGCUUAAAAAUGUUAAAGUUUCUCAUAGGGUGGGGUGUCCUUUGAACUAUGAUACUUUGAAGGAAACGAUAAUUAACAUUAGGAAAUCUGCCAAGUCUAAUAAAAAAGUUCCUCUUUCAAUUGUCGUGAUAUCUGACAGAGACUGGCACAUUGGAGAUGCUGCACAGGCUGAUAAACAGUUGGCAUAUACCCUUCUUCUUGCUGAAAACAUUUGCCAGAAACAUGGCAUUAUGGUUGAAAAUCUUGUAUCAGAAAUUGUUGACACCGGACUGGGAAAACAAAUAUCUAAAAUAAGACCCUCACUUUCAUUUAUUGGAGCGGAGGAAGUAAUGAGUCGUGUGACGGCACAAGUUGCGAAAAAUAGUGAGCUAAAUGAAGUAUGGAAGGAUAUUCUAGAUGCUGAAGGUGAUGAGAUCUAUAUUAAGGAAAUUGAACUGUACAUGAAGGAAGGAGAGAGAAUAUCAUUCUCAGAGCUUUCUGAAAGGGCAGUUUUGCGCCGUGAAGUUGCGAUUGGCUACGUUAAGGAUGGCAAGCAGCAUAUAAAUCCUAUCGACAAGUUGGAGCCACUCUCUCUUGAAAUGACAGAUUCGCUCAUUGUGAUAUCUGAGUUCGAAGGUGAACAGCCAAUUACGAUGAACAGUUAAACUUCCGUACAGAAUUUUCAGCUUGCUGUUUCCCUGAAAUUUGACAGCUGUUGCUACCACGAAGAGAUGAUAUGCGGCAUGUUGAUAUUCUUCUUCCGUUCGAAGGGAAAGCAAAAUAUAGUGUAGAGGUCACAAACUAAAUUUUAUUUUCUUCGGUAGCUGUUGAACUUCUUUGGGGGCAAAAUUUCUGAUCUGCAGUUCAACCGCAGAAUCUUUUUUUUUUUGUUGUUUAUCUGUAAACAUAGCUGAAUAAACAUAGUCAACUCGUAUGAUGUAGCUGUCUGAAUAAAGAAAGGCCAAAGGAAAGUUGAUUGGAUA